AUGGCUGGUGUCUUGGGUCUUGUCCAGGGCUUGCUGUCGCAUAUACAGCAGCAGCACCUCAUUGCCCUCGCUGUCACAUUCACCGUUGUUUGUAUCAGCACACGAAUUCUGAGUGGCAACAAUGGCCGCUCCAAUUACACUUCCCAUAGCAAGGAUGCCAAAGUCGCUCCUGCAGUACCAUACUGGAUCCCAUACUUCGGUCAUAUCCCACAAAUGGCAUUCAACUCCGAGGCCUUUCUCGCAGGCCUUCGGGACCUCUAUCCCGGGGGCGCAUUCUCGCUCAACUUCCUCGGCGGCGUGCACACUGUCAUCUUCAAGCCUGGUCUCAUCACGUCCCUGAUCAAUCAUCCGGCGAACAUCGCUGACGGGUAUGCCUCUGCGAAACACCUGAUGAAGAGCAAUUUUGGCUGGCCGAGAUACAAGGCUAGCUUGGAGCUUUACGACAAGAUGCAUGAUGAUCUGCUAGUUCACUACAAAACACUGAGUUCUAAGACGUCCCUGAACCAAAUGGUAGACAGGACAGUACAGCGGUUGCGACACAACAUUGCCGAUUUCGUCACGUUCAACGAAAGCGAAGUGGACCAAGCCGAAUGGGAGAGAUACGCGGAUGCGACAACGGUUCAGGACAAGAAGGGGGAGCAGGUUGUCGAAGCCGACUUGUUCGAUCUCGUGCGCAACUUCAUCGCCAUGACAGCUAAUGUCUCGCUCUUCGGCACUGACUUUGUCGAGAACUUUCCACGAUUCUGGGAACACCUUUGGCGUUUUGAUGAGGGGUUCAUGGCCCUGGCAGCGGACCUCCCAGCGUGGCUACCCAUCGGACCGGCAAUUGCUGCUCGCCGAGCUCGUUCCGAAGCAAUGGCGAGCAUCCGCGCGUUUGAGACCGCGCUUGACGCGGAUCGUGAGGGCAAGAACCCUGGCCCCGAAUGGGCCGAUAUCGACAAUGUCAGCCCAAUGAUUCAGGGUCGUUUGGAUGACGUAUUUCGAAAAUACGAUUUGACCAUCGAUCAGCGGGCUGCAUGCGAUUUUGGUUUGGCUUGGGCCAUGAAUGCCAACUCCAAUCCGCUUGUGUUCUGGAUGCUGUGGCGGAUCAACUCCGACGCGGUCCUGCUUGCCCGCAUCAGGGAAGAAAUCGCACCAUACAUCGUCGUUGAGAAGCCGGCGCACGGAUUUGGCUCCGGUUUCAAAGCAGCUCUGAGGAUAGAAAGCAUCGAUGUAGAGGGUUUGGUGAACAAGUGCCCUCUCCUUAAAGCAGCAUAUAUCGAAACUCUCAGGGUUGAUGUCAGCGCGUGGAGCUUCAAGGUGAUCCGGGAGGAUGCGAUUAUCAGUGAUAAGGAUGAAUCGUCGGAAAAGUUCCUGCUGCCAAAGGGAACGUACGCGCACGGAGCCCAUGAGCUGAACCACAUGAACCCAGAUUCUUUCGAGGAGCCGAAGGAGUGGUACAUCGAACGGCACAUCAAGUGGGAUACUUCGAAUGAAAAGGGAGAGAAGCGGCCCAUUGGCGCAGACAUGGGCGUUGUGAGGCCAUACGGUGGAGGAGUAAGCAUGUGCAAAGGUCGGCAAUUCGCCAUCAAAGAAAUCUUGGUUUUCUCAGCCGCUAUCCUUUCAAUCUAUGACAUGGAACCAGUUGGUGGAGGGCCUUGGAAGCUCCCCAAGCAAGGCAAUGGUGUCGGUACAAAGCGGCCGACAUCAUCGACGCGGGUCUGGAUCAAGGCGCGAGCGACGUAG